AUUUUUAGACCUGUUCAAAUGGCGAGGAUUAAACGUGGUAGUAAUCCACGAAGGACAAACUCAUUUGUCUGACCUGAGUGUCUACGUCCGAAUGAGAAGCGAGGAGCUACUCUGCAAUGUUGUGGACCAUGUAAUGUGUCAGGGGCUUUGCAAUGGAGGGGACAACGCUGGUGGCUGGACAGGAGAAGCCACAGAAGCGGGUGAGGUUCCGUGUGGCUUCGGGGAACAGCGGCCGGGUGCUGAAGGAGAUUUUCAAGGAUGAGGGGCCUUCAGACUCCCUGGAUUCAGACUGCACUAGCAGUUCGGAUGCGGAACGGGCCAGCACCCCCUCUACAAGUGGAGAUGGACACCUGUAUGGAUACCUGGGCUCAGAACUGGACGACAGCGAGUGUGAGCCUGAUAAUCUGCUCAUGUAUGCAGGGGCCACCAAGGACUGGAUGUUCACCACCAAGAGGGUCAACAUCCUCAGUAAAAAUGGCACUGUGAGAGGGGUCAAGCACAAAGUCAGCGCAGGUCAGACGCUGUUCGAAAACCUUCCCAAUUCCAACAGUAUGGAGUUAUCUCUUGAAUUUGGGCGGAUAGUGAUCUACACUACGAGUUUCCGUGUGGUGAGGACAACCUUUGAGCGCUGCGAGCUGGUCCGGAAGAUCUUCCAGAAUCACAGGGUGAAGUUUGUGGAGAGGAACAUCGCCCUGGACAUCGAGUUUGGGAAGGAGUUGGAGGAGCGGUGCAAACGUGUUGGAGAAUCUCCUUCCUUACCAGUCGUGUUCAUUGACGGACACUUCCUUGGGGGUGCUGAGAAAAUACUAGGCAUGAAUGAAUCAGGGGAGCUUCAAGAUCUUCUGACAAAAAUAGAGAGGGUACAGCAGCCCCAGACGUGCCAGACCUGUGGAGGCUUUGCCUUCAUCCCGUGCCCAAUGUGCCAUGGCAGCAAGAUGUCCGUGUUUCGCAACUGCUUCACGGAUUCCUUCAAAGCCCUCAAGUGCACUUCCUGCAAUGAGAACGGCCUGCAGCCCUGUGGGAGCUGCAGCCACUGAGGAUGUUAAGUGCCUGACCCAACAUCUUUACUUCUGUCUCAAGACCUUAGGUAGGAAAUUCAACUGGACUGUACCACAGGCAGCAAAAUGUAACACAUCAGGACUCUUCCAUGGCCAUUGAUAGUAAAGAGAAAACACAUUUGUAAUAAAAUCUUUGAAUUUGUGGA